GAGGAAGUCACCAAGCUAUACAAACAAGGAAAAUAAACCGUCGUGGUUUUGGCCGAAACAGAAUUAGACUAAUUAAGUUACAUUUUAUAUCUUAGUUCAAGACUGAUGGUUGAGACUUGCGAACCGGCACUUUGGGGACGAGACAUUUAUCGAUAAAUCUCAGAAAGGAAGAGAAAUUGGAUGCAUAGUUAAAAUGAACAAACAGAGCAUCAAAUUAGGCCAUGGAUAUUUGACAACUAACAUGAAAAAACGGCGAAAUUUAACACAAAGAGCUGAAACUAGCAUAUCCUUCCUAUUCGAAGCAAAGCCAUUGUAAUUUCGGAUGAUAUUGAGUGAAGAGACAAAGCCAUCGCUUCAAAUCAGUUUGCCAUGAAAUUAACUUGGGUUCUCGUUGUUUUGGCGCUCGUAUCAUUGCUAGAUCCACUUGGCUCCGAAGCUACACGAGCUAAAAAGGGAGGAGCGUUUAUGAUAAAACAAAUCUCUAAUAAGCUGAAAACAGUUUGCCCCAACCAGAAGAAGAAUUUCAAACAAGUUUUGUCGAUUGUAAGUUCCGUCGACUUAACUCUUCGCUUCACCCAUAGCAGAAUUGGCGCACUUGAAGUGGCAACAAAACAACUGCGAAAAGCGAACACAAAGGUACUUCGGCGCUUGGACAGAUUAGACCGUAAACUGACUACCAUUACAAAGAUGAUGCGAAAGGCCAUGAGGGAAGACAAGCCAAGAUCAGUCACGAUCUGCGAACACAAGAAAACCACCGUAACUUGCAAGAAAGGGAAAAUGAUGAAUAUCGUGCAUGCGAAUUAUGGUCGGCUCAACAAAAACACGUGCGGGAAAUCUUCAGUGACCAAUUGCCGUGCUGCCACGUCACUUGGCAUUGUGCAGAAAACGUGCAAAGGGAAAGUUAGUUGUGCACUGCAUGCUAGUAACAGCGUGUUUGGUGAUCCAUGCAGAGGAGUCAAAAAAUAUCUUAUUGUGAAGUACAAGUGUGAAUGAGCAGUAGGUCAGUUAGUACGCGAAAUAUUUCCCGAAAUUGUUAUUUCUUCGAUUAAAUUCAUUCAGAAAACUUGAUUAGGUUGAGGUGGCUGGUACCAGU